GCGUCUUUCCCGAAGGGUUGAUCAGACGCUUCCAUUGUAAGUUGAGAUUCGCCUGAGAAGAUUUCGACUAGAAACAGAAAUGACAUCCGCCAGCAGGCGCCUCGAGGAUGAGGUGACGUGCUCUAUAUGUAUAGAGCACUUUAACGAUCCUAGAGUGCUCCCUUGCUUGCACUCAUUUUGUCGGCACUGCCUGGAAGAGCUGGCAGUGCACUCUGAAGGGAGAGGAAAACUUGUGUGCCCCCUCUGUAAGGCGGAAUUCCAGAUUUCCCCAGCAGAUGUUCCGAGUUUAAAGGUGAAUUUCAUGAUCAACAGUAUUAUCUCUGUUCUUCCUUUGUUGACAUCUGAAGACUCCAAGAAGAAACCAUCUUGUGAAUCGUGUGAUAGCGGCGAGCCUGCCCAAGGGAGAUGUAACGAGUGCGACCACUUUGUCUGUGAGCAGUGCAUCUCGGCUCAUAAGAGAUUACGACUACUACAACACCACACUCUCCUCAGUCUUGAUGAGAUCAAAAGCGGAAAGUUACUUUCGAAGAGCAAAACUUCCUACUGCACCAAACAUGAAGGUGAAGUGCUGAAACUGUUUUGCGAAUCUUGUAAGGAAGUAAUUUGCCGGGACUGCACCGUCGUUGAUCAUAAAAAUCACGAUUACCUUUUCACAAGUGAUGUAAUCGCUCGAGAGAAAGAAGAAAUAUUGGGAAGAGCAAAAAAAGUUGCAUCAAAACUCACCGAUAUUGAACAGGCGAUGGCAUUGGUAGAAGAGACUCAACAACAUCUCGAGGAAAAUAAACGUGCGACCAGAAGGGAUCUGGAUGCGUUCAUUGAUAAGCAGAUAGGUACUCUUGAGAAGAUGCGAUCUGAUCUUAAAGGGGGGAUUGAGUCAGCUUGUCAAAAGCAUGAUAAGCAGCUGACUGCUCAGAGAGAGACUCUAUCCAUGAGACUUGCAAGUGCUCGUAGCAGUUUGGAGUUUGCUGAGAGAAUGUGCAGAGAUGCAAAUGAUGUGGAUGUCUUGUCCAUCAGGAAUGAAGUGCUAUCCCAGCUAUCGAGUCUUGCAGAGAAACCCGUGGAUCAGCCUUGUACGGAGGUUGGAGUUCGUCUUGUAGUGGAUGAGGAGUAUUGGGAUUCUUUGUCAAAGAAGAUCUCAGUUGAUGUGAUUUCUGUUGGUGAAUCUGAGCAAACAGGUCUUGAGCAGUCCGCCAUCCUCAGCGGCAAAGGUCCAGAGUACCUCCGAGAUCUCUUGGGAUUCCUGAAGCCCAUGCAGCAAAGUCCCAAGAGUCGCUGGGUCAGAUGUUUCUCAGCAAAGAGAGAUGGCUGGGCUGCCAGGACCUUCCAUGAAAAAUGCAAUGGCAAAGCGCCGAACAUCGUACUCGUAAGCGUUGGAGGAAGAUACGUGUUUGGUGGCUACUCUGACGUAGCGUGGACAAAAAUGACAUCCGCCAGCAGGCGCCUCGAGGAUGAGGUGACGUGCUCUAUAUGUAUAGAGCACUUCAACGAUCCUAGAGUGCUCCCUUGCUUGCACUCAUUUUGUCGGCACUGCCUGGAAGAGCUGGCAGUGCACUCUGAAGGGAGAGGAAAACUUGUGUGCCCCCUCUGUAAGGCGGAAUUCCAGAUUUCCCCAGCAGAUGUUCCGAGUUUAAAGGUGAAUUUCAUGAUCAACAGUAUUAUCUCUGUUCUUCCUUUGUUGACAUCUGAAGACUCCAAGAAGAAACCAUCUUGUGAAUCGUGUGAUAGCGGCGAGCCUGCCCAAGGGAGAUGUAACGAGUGCGACCACUUUGUCUGUGAGCAGUGCAUCUCGGCUCAUAAGAGAUUACGACUACUACAACACCACACUCUCCUCAGUCUUGAUGAGAUCAAAAGCGGAAAGUUACUUUCGAAGAGCAAAACUUCCUACUGCACCAAACAUGAAGGUGAAGUGCUGAAACUGUUUUGCGAAUCUUGUAAGGAAGUAAUUUGCCGGGACUGCACCGUCGUUGAUCAUAAAAAUCACGAUUACCUUUUCACAAGUGAUGUAAUCGCUCGAGAGAAAGAAGAAAUAUUGGGAAGAGCAAAAAAAGUUGCAUCAAAACUCACCGAUAUUGAACAGGCGAUGGCAUUGGUAGAAGAGACUCAACAACAUCUCGAGGAAAAUAAACGUGCGACCAGAAGGGAUCUGGAUGCGUUCAUUGAUAAGCAAAUAGGUACUCUUGAGAAGAUGCGAUCUGAUCUUAAAGGGGGGAUUGAGUCAGCUUGUCAAAAGCAUGAUAAGCAGCUGACUGCUCAGAGAGAGACUCUAUCCAUGAGACUUGCAAGUGCUCGUAGCAGUUUGGAGUUUGCUGAGAGAAUGUGCAGAGAUGCAAAUGAUGUGGAUGUCUUGUCCAUUAGGAAUGAAGUGCUAUCCCAGCUAUCGAGUCUUGCAGAGAAACCCGUGGAUCAGCCUUGUACGGAGGUUGGAGUUCGUCUUGUAGUGGAUGAGGAGUAUUGGGAUUCUUUGUCAAAGAAGAUCUCAGUUGAUGUGAUUUCUGUUGGUGAAUCUGAGCAAACAGGUCUUGAGCAGUCCGCCAUCCUCAGCGGCAAAGGUCCAGAGUACCUCCGAGAUCUCUUGGGAAUCCUGAAGCCCGUGCAGCAAAGUCCCAAGAGUCGCUGGGUCAGAUGUUUCUCAGCAAAGAGAGAUGGCUGGGCUGCCAGGACCUUCCACGAAAAAUGCGACGGCAAAGCGCCGAACAUCGUACUCGUAAGCGUUGAAGGAAGAUACGUGUUUGGUGGCUACUCUGACGUAGCGUGGACAAUGAGUGACCGUGGAUGGCAGUCCUCCAGCAGGUCAUUCUUGUACACGCUGUGUAACAAGAAUAGCUACCGCCCUGAAAAGUUGCCAUUGAGGCGCACGCCAGAUAGAUACGCCAUUUGUGACGACACACGUCACGGUCCGGUGUUUGGUGUUGAUCCGGUGUUUGGUGUUCCGUCGUUUGGUGGUUGUAGUGACCUGUUUAUCGCUGACAACGCAGGAGGUAAUGAAGAGUCCUAUACGCGGUCACACACGUACGCUCGUCCCCAGGGCGUCACAUCUGAUGGCUCGUGUGACGUCUUUGCUGACAAAUACAGAUUCACACCCGACGAAAUGGAGGUGUUCCACGAGGUGGUGGACUGAAUACAGCUUUGAACGCCUGUAAAGUGACAAUAGACAUAAAGACGUGUAAAUAUUUGUUAGUUGGUACUGUGUCAUGAAAUUAAUCUAUUUUUGAAUAACGCUUCACCAUCUUGUGAUGUGACCCGCGGUGCAUCUUGGGUAGCAUGUAAAUCACAAAAUAUCACAUGCUGUGAAAAACCCGCUAGCUAGGGUUACGGCACACGUUACUUUAGUCCAACCUUAUUUAAAAACGUGUACAUCUCGAGUAUAUAUACCCGAAUAUUAUAACACAAAUGCAAAUUGUAAAUUUUAAUAAUUAUUCCUAUAAGCUGUUAGAAACAAUGUGUUGUUUGGUCUAGAUAACCACGUACAAGUUGUGUGUGUGUUUUUUACUUCUUUUUUAAAAAUUAAGAACGAUGCCUAACCCGUGUGUCUUUGCGUAGAGGGAAGGGGAAGGGACUCCGAUAUUAGCAAGUUACAAGGCGAGGAAGUGCAAUCAGAAUUUAUAAGAUGGCUCCUGGGGGUAAAUAAAUAUUGAAGCUCAAAUGCGUGCCUGGUGGAGGCUGGUUGACUCCCUUUGCGAACUCAAGCAAAAUGCAGAGCGUUGCAAUAUUGGGGGUUCUAAGAAAUUCAGACCGUACGAAACUUUCUAAUGUAGCGAUGCACGACUCUUUAUGACGC